AGGCCUUUAUGUACUUAAGCCUCAUUCCUGCGUUUAUUGGUUUGCUCUGCGCUUUUACCCUAUAGGAAAAAAUUAUUAUUCGUUUCAAUUAAAUCUUGUAAAUAAACAAGAAAUAAGAAUUAUUGUAUUAGUUUAAUAAUAUAAUUUUGGAUGGUUCAUGGUCUGGUGGUUCUUUCUAUCCAGAUUUCGUUUUGUGCGUGAGCUUCUUGGUGGAAUGAGCGAAUCUUCAACGGUCAACGAUUUAAAAAACGGUCGAUCUCGCAUCAAGAAAGUUCGACGUGACUAGAAAGUUGAUUUAUAUUGUUCCUUGAAAAUCUUUUAAAAACAUGUCUAUACAGAUACGAUGUGCUAAUACUAAUGACCUUUUGAAUAUACAACACUGCAAUUUGCAAUGUUUACCAGAAAAUUAUCAAAUGAAAUACUACUUGUACCAUGCCUUGUCUUGGCCACAAUUAAGUUAUGUUGCUGAAGACGAGAAAGGAAGAAUUGUUGGCUAUGUGCUUGCUAAAAUGGAGGAGGACUGUGAAGAUAAUCCACAUGGGCAUAUUACGAGUUUAGCCGUGAAACGAUCUCACCGAAGACUUGGUAUCGCUCAAAAACUCAUGAAUCAAGCAUCAAGAGCAAUGGUCGAAUGUUUUGGAGCAAAAUACGUUUCUCUUCAUGUUCGCAGAAGUAAUCGAGCUGCACUAAAUUUGUAUACAAGCAGUUUGCAAUUUGAAGUGUCCGAAGUAGAACCAAAAUAUUAUGCAGAUGGGGAAGAUGCUUACGCUAUGAAAAGAGACCUUACUAGCUUCCACCAAAAAAAGAAUAGUAAAGAAAAAAUGAUUAAAGAGGGUAAUUUGCACUCUGGUCGGUGCAGCAGCAGUGAUUAUCAAGAAAAAUGUUACAAAGAUAAAGCUAUUAAUAAAGAAGGUAACUCACAUUCUGGACGAUGCUGUGACCAUUCAUAAUUGAUUAAAGUUUAAAAAAAGUACUCUUUAAAGAAAUACGAAAAUAAUUAAAAAAUACAAACUUUGUAAUAUUACCAUAUCUCUGUUUAUAAAAUUGCUAAAUCAUUUCCGUCAUCUAAAUACAAGCGAUUUGUAUAAUUUAUAUCCCUGUGAAAGGUUUAUUAAAAUAAAUAUGUACCUUUUUUA